CUGUCGUCCACUUCAGCAGAAAGUGAGAAGUGGAGGAUGUUUUCCGGACUGCGAACAGACACAAACUUCUCUGUUUUACAACAACAAGUCACCAAACUUGUCGCAGGCGAAUCGCUAUCAUGUUUUUCGUAUUUGUUUUGAUUUUAAUGUUUAACAUGCACGGUGGAAGUGUUUGCCAAAAUGGUAUAAGACCCAACAUAGUUAUGGUGAUGUCUGAUGCAUUUGAUGGGCGAUUGACCUUUGAUCCUGGCAGCAGGGUCGUGCAGCUACCAUACAUUAACUACCUAAGAGAGCUUGGCACCACCUUCCUCAAUGCCUACACCAACUCACCCAUCUGCUGCCCUUCAAGAGCAGCAAUGUGGAGUGGCAAGUUUGUCCACCUGACCCAAUCAUGGAACAACUACAAGUGCCUAGAUGCCAAUGCCACAACAUGGAUGGACUUGUUGGAGCAGAGUGGCUAUCAUAUCCAAAGGAUGGGCAAACUGGACUACACGUCAGGGAGUCACUCUGUCAGUAAUCGAGUGGAGGCCUGGACACGAGAUGUUCAGUUCCUUCUGCGUCAAGAGGGACGGCCAGUGACACAGCUUGUUGGGAACAUGUCUAAAGUAAGGAUCAUGACUCAGGACUGGAAAACCACAGACAAGGCCUCCCAGUGGAUCCGCCACACAGCUGCGUCUCUACACCAACCCUUCGCUCUCUACCUUGGUCUGAAUUUGCCUCAUCCCUACAGAACGGACUCCCUGGGGCCCACAGCAGGAGGAUCCACUUUCCGUACCUCGCUGUACUGGCUCAAGAAGGUAUCUUUUGACCUCAUCUCUGUUCCUAAAUGGCUGCCCAUGUCUGCCAUGCACCCUGUAGACUACUAUUCCACAUUCACCAAGAACUGCAGUGGCAACUUCACUGAGGAGGAGGUCACAAGCAUUCGGGCCUUCUAUUACGCCAUGUGUGCUGAAACAGACGCCAUGCUGGGUCAGAUAAUUUCAGCUCUGAGAGAGACCGGCCUGCUAAACAACACUGUAGUGAUCUUCACGGCUGACCAUGGAGACCUGGCAAUGGAGCACCGGCAGUUCUACAAGAUGUCUAUGUUUGAAGGCAGUUCCCAUGUUCCUCUGCUCAUCACAGGCCCUGGUUUCAUGUCUGGGCUGCAGGUCAGCCAGCCUGUGUCCCUGGUUGACCUCUAUCCCACUAUAAUGGACAUCGCAGGCAUCUCAGCACCAGGUGAUGUGAGUGGCCACUCGCUUCUUUCUCUGCCAUCCAAGUCCAGUGCUGAUCCCCCAAAGCUGCACCCAGACUGGGUUCUGAGUGAAUAUCAUGGCUGUAACGCCAAUGCCUCCACAUACAUGCUUAGAACUGGCCAGUGGAAGUACAUAGCCUAUGCGGACGGCCUGAGUAUCCCUCCGCAGCUUUUUGACCUAACACGGGACAAGGAAGAACUUCAAAAUGUGGUGCACAAAUUCCCAGAUGUCUGGACUAAUCUGGACAAAUUAUUGCGUAGCAUUGUAGACUAUCCAAAAGUCUCCGAGGCGGUCCAUCACUACAACAAACAACAAUUUCUGGCCUGGCGCCAGGGUCUGGGGAGCAAUUACAGCCAAGUCAUUGCUAAUCUCAGAUGGCAUGUGGACUGGCAGAAAGAUGCACCAGCCAAUGAGAGAGCUAUUGAUGAGUGGCUAAAUGGCUCAUCAUGAUAGUUCUAUUAUACUAAAGGCUAUUUUUACUGUAUUUAUAUUGACAGUGGACAACUUCAGUAUAUAAUUUUUCUCCUAAACAUUCACACUUUGGCUUACAGAUUGGCUCUAAGUGUGGGACUAAACCAUAAUAAUUACCCCCUUACCAACACUGUCACAUAGUAUUUUAUUCAUUUUAUGGAUUUUUCUCUGGUAGAAAAACUCAGUAAAUUAUGUUGGCUGUGUGUGUGUGUGUGUUUCUUAAUGAGAGUGUGCAGGCAUGUAUGUGUGCUUGAGAGCAGGUUCACAUGUGAAUUAGACUGGAUCUGAUUCACCUAGUGAUCUCUCCCUGCUGUAAGACAAUAUAACUAAUGGGUUUUAUGUAAUGAUGUUGGUUUUAUUCUUAAAAAUGAAGAAGGCUCUGAUGUCAAAGUGCGUAGACAUGGACAUGACUUGUGGCACAGCAUUGUUAUAUUGCACAAAUAAAGUUUUCUGGGA